CAUGCGGCAGCCGCAGGGGUCCCCGCUCCCGGGCUCGGCGGCGCGGGCGAGCGUGAGCGGUCCUACUCUUGCUCAUGGAGGCCUGGUCUUCUAUCACCUGCUGUGCUGACGAGAGCCCAGAGAAGGACACUGACUUGAAGUGACUGAGGUGAAAAACCCAGUGCACAAAUUCACGUUGGUCCCAUUUGGAUUAGGAGACUAAGGAAGAAGUGAACCAAAAGGAUGUUCAAUUCUUCUCCACAAUGAAUGAGUGUUACUAUGAUAAGCGCAUGGACUUUUUUUAUAAUAGGAGCAACACUGACACAGCUGAUGAGUGGACAGGAACGACGCUUGUCAUUGUUUUGUGUGUCGGAACAUUUUUCUGCCUGUUUAUCUUUUUUUCUAACUCUCUGGUCAUUGCAGCAGUGAUCAAAAACAGAAAGUUCCAUUUCCCCUUCUACUACCUGCUGGCUAACCUCGCGGCUGCAGAUUUCUUUGCUGGCAUCGCCUACGUAUACCUGAUGUUUAACACCGGCCCGGUUUCAAAAACUCUGACUGUCAACCGCUGGUUUCUCCGCCAGGGGCUUCUGGACACUAGCUUAACCGCCUCCCUGACCAAUUUGUUUGUCAUUGCCGUGGAGAGGCACAUGUCCAUCAUGCGGAUGCGGGUCCACAGCAACCUGACCAAGAAGAGGGUGACGCUGCUCAUCUUAUCCAUCUGGGCCAUCGCCAUCUUUAUGGGGGCUGUCCCCACGCUGGGCUGGAAUUGCCUCUGUGACAUCUCUGCCUGCUCUUCCCUGGCCCCCAUCUAUAGCAGGAGUUACCUCAUUUUCUGGACAGUGUCCAACCUCAUGGCCUUCUUCAUCAUGGUGGUGGUGUACCUGCGGAUCUACAUGUAUGUGAAGAGGAAGACCAACGUCUUGUCUCCACACACAAGUGGGUCCAUCAGCCGCCGGAGGACACCCAUGAAGCUAAUGAAGACGGUGAUGACGGUCUUGGGGGCCUUCGUCGUGUGCUGGACCCCGGGCCUGGUGGUUCUGCUGCUCGACGGCCUGAACUGCACGCAGUGCAACGUGCAGCACGUGAAACGGUGGUUCCUGCUGCUGGCGCUGCUCAACUCGGUCAUGAACCCCAUCAUCUACUCCUACAAGGACGAGGACAUGUACAGCACCAUGAAGAGGAUGAUCUGCUGCUUCUCUCAGGAGAAGCACCCGGAGAGGCGCCCCUCCCGCAUCCCCUCCAUGGUCCUCAGCCGGAGCGACACGGGCAGCCAGUACACGGAGGAAAACGCCAACCCGGGCCCGGUCUGCAGCAAGAACGGCCCCUGAGCCGCGCCUGCUCCUCCGCCGGCCCCGCCCCGGUGGGAGGGGCACGUCAGGAACGGUUACUGUC